CCAGAUCAAAACACCAAAGAAAACGGCAAAAAAAUUAGAACAGACACGGCGGAAUCAAACCAGCUUCGGGCGAGCAGGAACAGGGGAGCAGAGAACGGGGAAGCACAAGGAAGCCAGAAGUGUGAGUCUACGCCGGACCCAAAUCCGACGAUGAUCCUCUGCCGAAUGCCAUACCUCUUCCGAUCAUGAAUAUCGAUUUUCCGAAGAUUAAGAUCAAUGCCGUGCCGGAGAUCAAGGACGUCGAUUCUACGACGUCGCGAUCCAGAUUCCAGCUUCUUGUUAAGCUCAAUGCACCAUCAAUGUCGAACUACGCUCGUCCCCGAAAUCGUGCUCCUAUCGAUCUCGUUGUCGUGCUCGACACCAGCCACGGCAUGCGCGGAUCGAAAUUCGACGAAAUGAAAAGAGGCGUUGUGUUUCUCAUCGAGAACUUAUGGCCGGACGACCGGCUUUCGAUGGUGUCGUUGUCUCCCGAUCCCCGGAAAAUGUUUCCCCUCCUAAAAAUGACCGAGACUCGACAGCAAGAAGUCAAACGAAUCGUCGACUCCCUCGUCGCGGGAGGCUCGACGAACGUCGCCGGAGGCCUAUUGAAGGCGGCGGAGGUUCUCGACGAAAGGGUGCAUAAGAACAUAUAUUCGUGCAUUAUUUUCUUGUCGGGUUCGAGAGAUAAUUGCUACUGCACCGCGCAGCCGCGGGGCGUCGCAGAGCAGAGCCACUUGCCGGAUUAUCUCAAUGCUCUGCCACCGUCGAUCUAUCCUCGAAAAGAAGAGAAAAACGGCGAGCUCCGGCGAACCAUUUUUCCUGUUUAUACCUUCGGCAUUGCAUCGUAUCACGACCCUCGAGCAUUGCGCGUAAUCGCCGAUGCGUCAGGCGGCACUUACUCAUUCAUCGACAGCUUCGACCUCGUCCAAGACGCCCUCGCAAGCUGCCUCGGCGGGAUACUCAGCUUGGUCGCGCAGAACGUUAACCUGAUCGUCGACGCAGCAUCGCCCGGCAUAAAAAUUCAAGCAAUCAAUUCUGGGAUUUACGAUCACAGCAUUACAUGCAACGGCUGUCGCGGCAAGAUCGAGAUCCCCGACCUCUACUCCGACGAGGAGAAAUAUUUCCUGAUCUAUUUUACUUUGCCAAAACUUGUAAUCCGGGGCAGCGAGAGCGACAGAGCUACGUAUCUUGCGGAAAUAAAGUGCAUCUACGUCGAUGGAGUGAUGAAGGAACACAUUAUGAUCGAGCACGCCCGGGUGGACAUACACAGGCCAAUAUACUUCAACCCGAUGUUAGAAUCAGAGAACUUUGAGAUUCGACGGCAGAUGGAGCGCCUUCGCGUGGAGGAGACCAUCGCCAAGACAAUACACGUCGCGGAAGCUGGAAAUCUGCAGAAGGCUCAGGAAAUUUUGUCGACAUGCGUCUUGAGGUUUUCGAGAUUGAAAGAAAUGGGGAACCUUGACGAGGUGACGUUGUGGCUAUUCGGGGAGAUGUUGGAGAUAGAAGGUCGGAUGAAGAACCAACGGAUGUACGAGAUGAAAGGGGGACGAGCUUAUGCUCUAGCGACUUUGAGCUUGCUCGGGCACCAGAGGGCCACGACAAGAGGCGAUAGAGUGCCCGGAGAAGAAGGGACGUCAGAGUCAGUAUCUUUCGAGCUUUUUUCGACGACAAAUAUGGUGAAAAUGGUGACCAAAUCAAGGAAGGUAGAAGAAGCAUUGUAAUGUGAUGUUGAAAUUUAGGAUUUAGUGAAGAUGUUUGUUUUUUUUUUCUGUUCAGUACUUACGACGUUUGUAGUUGUGAAUCAAAAU